AUGAAGUUCUUGACGCGAACUGUCACCUAUGCCAGAUUUCGACCAGCAACAGGUUAUGCGACCUUCAAGAGGUCCUUUGUAACUCAUCCUCCCAACAUCUUACUCUCUCAAGGCAGCUCGUUUUCCCGCGUUUCAUCUCCCGAACGCCCGAAUAGAACGCGAGAGUACUCGCCACGCGAAACCAGUGAUCAACAAGGACAAGAACCGACAUCCUCCCCGGAUCCAUCUCGUGCAGACCUCUUUUAUCAUUUAGUUCAAGCGUCUCCGAACUCAUACCCAUCGUUUGCUGUUUCGUUUCUACCGAGUCCUCCGUCUUCAUCCGAAUCAGACACCAUCAUUGGGUGGCUACCUGCGGAUGAGGGGGCCGGGUUGAACGACUUCAAAGAGAAUCCCAAAUUCCGAACGAUUUUGCAUGAAGCUAUUAAAGCAGGUUUAAGAGAAGAUGUGGAUGAAGUCCAACGAAACGGAGCUAUCCAAUACCACUCGGGAUGGAUGCACAUACAUGACAAUCGGAAUGUUCCAGCGUUAGGACGUAUUGGAGACGUGGAUGAUAUUAUUGCGACUGUGUUGGUUGAGGAGGGUAAAAUUUUGCCUGAGACAUAUCAGAUCAUGCCUGCGUAUCGACUUGUUACAGCUGAUGGCGUCACCCAGUUGACGCCUGGUUUAGCUGAAAAGUUGAAGAGCGUGUUGGAGGAACGUGCUGCACAAGAGAAGAAGUAG